AAUGACAGCGGACGAAUUAAACUCGGAGCUCAAAUCCCAAACUACAUUGCAAAAGUUUUACGCUGGACAAAAUGUUCUUAUUACAGGUGGAACUGGAUUUUUAGGAAAAAUUAUCAUUGAAAAGCUUUUAAGAAGCUGUCCACAUUUAUCGGCAAUUUAUCUUAUUAUUAGAUCAAAAAAAGGACAAGAUGCCCAUCAAAGAAUGGAUAAUAUUUUUGAUGAUCCGGUAUUCGAUCGAUUGAAGGCUGAAGUACCUAAAUUUCGACACAAGUUGGUGGCCAUACCAGGUGAUUGUACUUUACCUGGUUUAGGUAUUUCCACGGCAGAUCAAGAACUCAUUAUGCGUGAAAUAUCAAUUGUUUUCUAUAUGGCAGCGACUGUAAGAUUCGACGAGAAAAUUAAAGAAGCCGUUAUUACUAACAUUAUUGGCCCCAUGGAAAUAAUGAAUUUGUGCAGAAAGAUUAAAAACUUAAAAGCAUUUAUGUAUACAUCAACAGCUUACAGUAAUUGUAUUAAUUCUGAAAUCGAUGAAAAAUUUUAUGAACCUCCUAUAAGUGCGGAUAAUAUCGUUAAACUUAUUAAGAGUUUGGAUGAUGAUAAAUUAGAGGCUAUUACACCUAUGCUGAUCGGAAAAUUUCCUAACACCUACACAUAUACGAAAUGUAUUGCUGAACAAGUAAUCCAAAAGUAUGGUAAAGAUUUGCCAACAGGAAUUUUCAGACCUGCCAUCAUAUCAUCUUCAUACGAAGAACCUAUUUCCGGUUGGGUGGGUAACUAUUAUGGACCAACUGGCAUUUUAGCCGCUGCAGGAACAGGACUUCUAAAAGUACAAAUAAUGGAUAAGGAUAAUAUGGCUCAGCUGAUACCAGCAGAUUACACAGCAAAUGCAGUCAUAGCGUCAGUUUGGGAUGUCGCUAAUAUUAAAAACGAAGAUGCAGAUCCAAUAAUAUAUAAUUAUUCGAAUAGUCCAAAAUCUAAACUGACGUGGGCCGAUUAUAUGACAAUAUCAUUAAAUCAUGGUAAACAGGUACCAUGCAUCAACAGUAUAUGGUGUUACUAUGUUAUCAUAACAAAAUAUCUAUAUUUGUAUUAUAUAUUGGCAUUUUUUUUGCACCUUAUACCAGGACUUAUUGUUGAUGCAGUUUUAUUCGUUACAGGAAAAGAACCGAGAAUGAUAAAAAUGUACAAGAAAAUUCAUAAAUUUUCAAUGGCGACAGCCUACUUCACUCUCAGAUCGUGGACAUUUCAAUGCAAUAAUAUAAACCGACUUUGGGUUAAAUUAAGUUCCGAAGAUAAGAAUAUAUUUUUCUUUUCAAUGGAUAAUUUCGAUUGGAAUAGCUAUUUACAAAAGAGUAUUCUUGGAUUGAGGCUUUAUAUAUUAAAAAAUGAUCCAAGUAAUGUACCCGCAGCUCGAAAGCGCAUGGCAAGGAUACUUCUACUACAUAAGCUCUGUGUUUACUCAUUUGUACUAUUCUCAGCGUGGAUUCUCUAUUCGAUAAUCUCCUUCACUUUAUCAAAUACAAGGAGCGAGUUGGCGACAGUUAGCGACGACAUGGCCAUCCGCUGAAAUUAGUGAACAAAUAGUAUUGUGACGGUUAGAUCAAAAGUAGCAAUAUUAUUUUUAAGUUUUAAAAGUCUUUAUGCAAGCGAUUAAUAUGGGAAUAUUAUUCCUUGUGCUAAAAUAUACGAAAUUAAAUUUAAACGUCACAUUUAUAUUUUACCUGGUAAUUCCGUGAUGGAUAUUCAUAGAAUUUGAUUUCAAAUUGCAAUCAUCAGCUGUGAAAUUCAUUUUUGAUCGCUUAAUAGUGAUCAAGUAAAAUGAUUUAUGUCUAUGUUCUUCGAUAAGAUGAGCAAUAUUCAAGGUUCAUAUGAGUCGAAACUUCCAAGAAU